CACUAAUUUUCCAAAAAGCCCUUUACCAACCUAAACUCAUCAUGCCUCCUAGAAGACAAAAUCCUCCUCAUCAACGAGCUGUUCGGGACAUAGAAAUGAAAGAACUACAGGAAGAUACUGAUGAUAAGAAUCCCUUCCAUCACCUAAGGGAUAAUGAAAGCUCAUCAUCAACAGAAAAAGUUCGUCGUCGACGACAUCCCCAACAAAAUGCUGCUCCCAAAUCCACUGACCUUGGCAUCAAAAUUGAUAUUCCAGAUUUUGAAGGUCGCCUUCAACUAGAUGAAUUUAUCGACUGGUUGCACACUGUGGAAUGUGUGUUUGAACUCAAGGAUAUUCUUGACGACAAGCAUGUGAAGCUCGUCGCCAUCAAAUUAAAGAAGCAUGCAUCCAUUUGGUGGGAGAAUCUCAAACGCAGUCGAGAAAGAGAAGGCCGCAACAAAAUUAGAACUUGGGAGAAAAUGCGUCGGGAACUCACUCAAUAUACUAUGGAGUUCGAACAAUUAAUGAUGAAGUGUGAUGUUCGGGAAAUGGACGAGCAAACCAUAGCUCGAUAUCUUGGAGGGUUGGACUAUGACAUUUCCAAAGUUGUUCAACUUCAACAAUAUUGGACUUUGGAUGAUGUAAUUCGGCUAGCAUUGAGGGUUGAAAAGCAAAUCUCAAAGAAGAAUAUCCCUAGUACUUCAAAACCGCGGGAUUUUGGAGCCAACAAAGGGACUCAAGCCUCAAAAACUGCUGCUAAGACCCCUGCCAAGACUGAGAAGGAAGUCAGCUCGAGCCGUCCAACUCAAUCUAACACUCGAAAGUGUUUUAAGUGUCAAGGAUUUGGCCACAUAGCCUCCAACUGUCCAAAUAGGAGAGUUGUCACCAUUAUCGGAGGAGAAAUUCAUAAAGCCUCAGAAGAUGAAGCAGAAAAGGAGCAAAAUGAUGAAACUGAGUCACCCCAACUUGAGGAAGAACUCAUCCCAACUAACCACGAAGAAUCUUUGGUUGUCUGCAAUGUCAUCAUUGACAGUGAAAGUUGUAAGAAUGUUGUGUCAAAUUAUAUGGUUGAGAAGCUAGGUCUGCCUGUCAAAGAUCAUUCCCAUCCAUACAAGUUACAAUGGCUACGAAAGGGAAACGAGGUAAAGGUAACCAAACGUUGCCUUGUCUCUUUUUCUAUUGGUAACAGGUACCAAGAUGAAGUAUGGUGUGAUGUUAUUCCUAUGGAUGCUUGUCACUUGUUACUUGGUCGCCCUUGGCAAUUUGAUCGAAAGGCUAUCCAUGACGGCCAUGCCAACACCUACUUGUUUGUGAAAGAUGGUGUGAAGGUCAAGCUCACUCCCCUGAAGCCUGAAGAAACACUUGAAAAGAAGGAUGAGGACAAGGCUUUAAUCUCCAGAUCAACCUUUCAGAAGUUGCACCAAGAGUCGGGAAUAGCAUGUCUUCUACUGUUAUCCAAAGUAAAUGAUGCCACUUGCCCUUUUCCAGAAGAAAUUCGGUCUCUCCUUGAAGAAUUUUCUGAUGUUAUGAACCCUCAAGAGUAUGCGGAACUUCAACCACAAGUCAAAGAACUGAUGGAGAAAGGACUUGUCAAGGAAAGUGUUAGCCCAUGUGCCGUGCCUGUGCUACUCAUCCCAAAGAAAGACGGAACUUGGAGAAUGUGUGUAGAUAAUCGAGCAGUCAACAAAAUCACUAUCAAGUACCCGUGCCCAAUUCCACGUCUUGAUGAUAUGCUUGAUCAACUGCAUGCAGCUACUGUCUUCUCAAAGAUUGAUUUGAGAAGUGGAUAUCACCAGAUUCGAAUGCGUCUCGGUGAUGAAUGCUGUCUGCAUUCAAAACUAGAGAUGGUAUUUCGACCCUUCAUUGGGAAAUUUGUUGUGGUUUACUUUGAUGAUAUCCUGAAAUGUUCAUUCCUCACUACAAGUGUGACAUUUCUUGGAUACAUCAUCAUUGCUCAAGGUAUUAAGAUGAACCCCAGUAAGAUUGAUGCUAUUGUCAACUGGCCUACACCAACAUCGAUGCGUGAUGUUCGAAGCUUCCAUGGCCUGGCAUCUUUUUACCGGAGAUUCAUCAAGAAUUUUAGUUCUAUUGUUGCCCCAAUCACUGACAACCUUAAGGGUGACAAAUUUUCAUGGAGCGGCAAAGCCCAACAGAGUUUUGAAGAAUUAAAGAGGAAGCUCACUGAAACCUCUAUACUUGCACUUCCCAACUUUGACUUGAUGUUUGAAGUAGAUUGUGAUGCUUCUAAUGUUGGAAUUGGUGUAGUGUUAAGUCAAGAAGGUCGAGCCAUUGCCUUCUUCAGUGAAAAGUUGAAUGACACAAAGCUCAGAUAUUCCGCCUAUGACAAAGAAUUCUAUGCAAUUGUUCGAGCCUUGAAGCAUUGGAGUCAUUAUCUUCUUUCAAAAGAAUUCAUCUUGCACUCUGACCACGAGGCAUUGAAGCACCUGAAUUCCCAACAGAAGAUCAGUCGUCGACAUGCUGCUUGGAGUGAAUUUCUACAAGCUUAUCCUUUCCUCCUCAAAUACAAAUCUGGAGUCCAGAAUCGUGUAGCUAAUUCUCUAAGUCGCCGACAUGCCUUGCUUACUUCCUUACAAAUGAAAGUCACUGGAUUUGAAGUGAUCAAGGAGUUGUAUGAGGAUGAUCCUGAUUUUAGCAACAUUUGGCAAGCCACUUCUAAUCAAGCCUUUCAGCAAUAUCAUCGCCAGCAAGAUUACCUCUUCAAGGGUAACCGACUAUGUGUUCCACGUUGCUCACUCCGAGAUUCAAUUAUCUGGGAAGCACAUAAUGGUGGAUUAGCUGGUCAUUUUGGGAGAGACAAGACUUUAGCUCUUGUUAAAGAAAGUUUUUACUGGCCAAAGUUGGAGCAAAAUGUCAUUCGUCACAUUCAAAGAUGCAAAGUUUGUCACCGAGCCAAGACAAUCAAUCAAAACACAGGGUUGUAUCUGCCAUUGCCUAUCCCAACUUCACCUUGGGAAGAUAAAACUAAUGAUGUUUUUCUCAUUGCUGAGUUAUAUUUUAGAGAGAUUGUGCGUCUGCAUGGAGUUCCAAAGACCAUCACUUCAGAUAGAGAUGUGAAGUUCAUGAGUCAUUUUUGGAGGACCUUAUGGAGAAAGAUGGGCACUCAACUCCAGUUUAGUUCUGCUAGCCAUCCUCAAACCGAUGGGCAAACUGAGGCUAUCAAUAAGAUUUUGGGGAAUCUACUACGAAGUUUUGUGGGAAAAAAUUUGCGACAAUGGGAUCUUGUGCUUGCCCAAGCUGAGUUUGCCUACAACAACUCUUCGAGUCAAGCUAUGGGGAAAUGCCCAUUUGAAGUAGUAUAUGGAUUGCGUCCUCUCAAUCCUUUAGAUCCUGCUCCAUUGCCCACAUCCCGACAAUUUAGUGCAGAUGCUAAACAACGAGACAAGGAGAUCAAGAAACUUCAUGAAGAAGUUUGUGAGAAGCUACAACGUCAAACCAUUAGGUAUAAGGCUAAUCAUGACAAGCACCGAAAGAAGGUUGUGUAUAAAGAAGGAGAUUGGGUUGGAUACACCUUCGAAAGGAAAGGUGACCAUGGAGUCUCUGCUACUUUCAAUGUAGCUAACCUAUCUUCUUACUAUGAGGAUCGUCUUGCCAACCUAAGUGGUGAACCUGGCAAUCGAAUUCAUCAUAGUGGGAUUUUAAAUCUUGCCAAAAUCGGUGUUUCGGAGAGGUUGAAGAAAGAACAUGAAGGAAAAGAACUAAAAAAGAAGAAGGCAAAAGCACAGCUUUGUACCAUAAUAAAGGUUGCACGGGAUGAAGAUCUUGGAGAGCAGAUUGGAAGGGACAUAUAUUUUGAUCUUGUGGAUUUUGACAAAGUUGUACACUUUCGGUCUCUGGAAAACCCAAAGGAAGAUGAUUUUUGUCUGGAGAUGUCAAAGAUUGAUACCUACGAUAAUGUCGUUGAAAAAGUAGCUCAGCUACUUGGUUUGAAUGAUCCAUCCAAAAUCAGGCUUACAGCUCACAACUGUUACUCGCAGCAACCCAAGCCUCAGCCUAUUCAGCAUCGUGGAGUUGGUUGUUUAUCUGAUAUGUUGGUUCACUAUAAUAAGUCAUCAAGUAUAUUAUACUACGAAGUAUAGACAAAUGUCACUGUAACGCAGCUAAGCAUUGAGGUGGGAUCUGCACCCUGCAGCAUUUGGCUAUUUAUUUUGCUGUUUUCUUCAAGCAUCUAUAUAUAUAUCUGUGUUUAACAAACCUAGCAUGUACUGCUUUCUGUUCGUCUCUGGGAAACCUCCAAGAGCUGAAGUGCCCCGCUUGGUGUGGUUUGGAUAAAUCAUAGAAGUGGUU